AUGGACUCUUCUUCUAUUACAUCCAAUACCUCCAAACCCUCUCCCUACUUCGAUUCUCUCGCCCGUCGUCGCCAACAAAAGAAAAUGAGCAUCACGCAAACAUACUACCUAGCCCACACCGCCCGGAAGAAGCUCACUCGUGAAGCUUCCCGGGCAGACCACGACCUGCGCCUGCUCGUUGGCCAUGCCAACCUUCUUGACUCGCUGAUGUACGACCUCGCUGAUGCCGAGCGUGAACAAGAACGCUGGUUCAACCAGACCGUCAGCGGAGCCACCAAGACUUCGGCUCCUUCCACUCGUCAACACAUCCAAUGGGCUUCGACGGUGGUCGAAGAGCCCGAGGAGGACUGGGACCCGGAGGAUGCCUCCGAUCUGGACUCCGAACUCAGCGACAGCGACAGCGACAGCGACGACUCCGACUACGACGAGACCGAAUUCGUUAUCAACACUCCUGUCCGCCGCCGCUCCCCAUCACCCGCUCACUUUCAUCACGAGGACCUACUGGAGGAGGAUGACGAAGGCGACGACACAGACUCAGACUUUGAGUACGACGAGGCGGAGGAGCUGACCCUGACUCGCUCAUCCUCGCGACAGUCACCGCCUGAACUCCUUUCUGAUUCGGAUGGGGAGUCCGAGGACGAAGCGACACCGCCGUCCCCGCCCCAACCUACGCUGGAGACAUUCGAUGAAAAGGAGUCUGCUACUACGGCGAUUGCCUUGGCGGGCUCCGAUCAACCCCAUCUCUUUGAGCAAGGAUAUUUUGGUGCACAAGAGCAGACCAUCAUCGAGGCUUAUUAA